AUGGACUCUUUGCCGGAAGAACUGAUCAAAAAAAUUUUCGACUUCUGCGAUUUCUAUUCACUUCUACAAAUGAGACAAGUGAAUAUCCGGCUCAACUUUUACGUCAACAAUCAUUUAUGGAGAAGAAAAGAGCUUUUUUUGGGCACCGACUACAUUCAGGAAAAUCCGGAUUUAACAAAUGAAAUGAAUGAAACGACACUGAAAAUCGAAAAAGUCGUCGAGUUUCUGGGAAAUUUCAUGCCAAAACUGAAGACAUUGUCCCUAUCAAAGGCUCCGUGCAAAAUAUCGUUGACGACUGUUUGUCAGCUUUCAUCUUCUGUGCUAAACUUGGAAGAGUUAGAGAUCUCUUGCAAUAAUGGUUAUCCAAUCGUUGAACCGGAUGCUUUACGAGGAUUGGUGAUGUUUAAAGAGUUGAGAAUUUUGUCGGCAAAAGAUUGGCAACCGAAGAUGAUCGUGAGGAGAGGUGGUUGUCAUCGACAAGACGGUCUUCCGUUAAUCGUCGAGCUUGAAACACUCACAUUAAGCAGUUUGAGAGACGAUGUUGUCAAAGUUUUAUCUCAAAUGAAGACUGAAGGAGUCACAAUGCCAAAGUUGAAGCAAGUAAUGUUGUAUGAUGGGUUAAGUUCACCACAAAUGCCUUCAAUUCUCUCAUGGUUUAUUGAAAAGCAUCAAACGUUGAGAAAAAUUGUCUUGCAAAAAGUCCUUUUCACAACGAUUUCGGAAUUGGAAACGUUUUUGCUUGUAAUCGUUCAACAUAAUCAUCUCGAAGAAGUAACACUUAAAGAAUGCAAU